CCGUCGCCGCCAGGGGGAGAGAGUCUCCGUCGGGAAACGGGGGGCUGCUUCUGGGUGUGAAGGUGCUUUCAAACUUUACGGUUUUGUUCCUCUCACCCGGCUUUUGAAGAGCGGAGAAAAAGAUGGAGACCGAGUCGGGGUCGCAAACAUCAAAUCAUACGCAAACAGAUUCCUUAUCUCCAUCCCCCAACCCUGUGUCACCUGUGCCUUUGAAUAAUCCAACGAGUGCCCCAAGAUAUGGAACAGUGAUCCCUAAUCGCAUCUUUGUAGGAGGAAUUGACUUUAAGACAAAUGAAAAUGAUUUAAGAAAAUUUUUUUCCCAGUAUGGGUCUGUAAAAGAAGUGAAGAUUGUAAAUGACAGAGCUGGAGUGUCCAAAGGGUAUGGUUUCGUCACUUUUGAAACCCAAGAAGAUGCUCAAAGAAUUUUACAAGAGGCUGAAAAACUUAAUUACAAGGAUAAGAAACUGAACAUUGGUCCAGCAAUAAGAAAACAACAAGUAGGGAUCCCUCGUUCCAGUAUAAUGCCAGCAGCUGGAACAAUGUAUCUAACAACUUCAACUGGGUAUCCUUACACUUAUCAUAAUGGUGUUGCUUACUUUCAUACUCCAGAAGUAACUUCUGUCCCACCAUCGUGGCCUUCACGUUCUAUAUCUAGUUCCCCUGUGAUGGUAGCUCAGCCCGUUUAUCAGCAACCUGCAUAUCACUACCAGGCACCUGCACAGUGUCUACCAGGUCAGUGGCAGUGGGGUGUUCCUCAGUCCCCUGCCUCUUCUGCUUCAUUCUUAUACCUGCAACCUUCUGAGGUUAUCUAUCAACCAGUGGAAAUUGCACAAGAUGGUGGAUGCGUUCCUCCUCCACUAUCUCUAAUGGAAGCCUCAGUUCCAGAGCCUUAUUCUGAUCAUGGAGUUCAAGCAACAUAUCACCAGGUUUAUGCUUCAAGUGCCAUUGCUAUGCCUGCACCUGUGAUGCAGCCUGAACCAAUUAAAACAGUGUGGAGCGUUCACUAUUAAGACAAUUGGGCAGCUCUAGUCCAACUCAACUGAUUUCUUGUCCAAUGAUCCUUGUGUGGCCGAGAUCCAGCUUCAACGAACCGGCUAGAAGCUGCCCGUUGUGAAAUUUAGGGUUAGUUAAUACCUCACCAUACUUACUUAUUCCACAAUAAGCUGUCUAAAUUUGAUGCUGUUUGCUUUUUCAGCUGUUCCACAAAAUUAUCAGGUAGAUGUGGCAUGUUGGUUUUUUUAAUGUGUAUUCUAACUGUAGUGACAUUUUCUACAACAUGUUUUAUCCAUUCCAUAAAUAAUAAUCACAUUGGGAAUAGUGAGGUGUCCUUCAUUUUCUCUGCUUUGUAUUAUUUAUUUUCCUCUCAGUCUUCUGGAAGUUAUGUUUCAUAUUCUUUGCUUUUAUUUUAAUAUUUAAGAUGAGAGUCAUUUCUAAUUCUAGUAGAAUUUUUAAUACUUUCAUACCUUUUAGCAUAUACUAUAUUUAAUCUUAAUGAUUCUGUUUUACCUCUUUGCUAUUUUGUCAUUUUUGUGCAUUUUUCUGUUACUGCUACCUCUUAUUCAACUUUGCUUCUACCAUGGUUUUCAGAAUUUAAAUAGUAUUUAUACUUCUUUUUUUAUAGCAUUUUCCAAACAUCAGAAAUACCAUGAACAUGAUCAGUAUUCUUUCUUUUUCAUAUGAUUAAUUUGACAAUAAUAAAUUUUUCCCUAAUAUUUGAAAUAAUGCUCCAGCCUUCCUAUAACAUAAGCCAUUUGGUACCAAAUUUUAUAUAAUAUGGAUCACUUCAUGGUAUUGUUUUGAUAAAAGAAGGGAUCACCUCUGA